UUUUCUUGGGUUUAAACGUUUUUUCUUUUGGAAAAAUUAACUUUCCUACUCGGGCUUCAGGGUUACUAUUUCUUUGAUUGGUUAAGUUUUGAGUUUGUAGUUCUAAGUAAAAUGUAUCUAAAAGAGGGACAUUCCUUAUUGUUAAAAGUCCGCAAACCUGCUAUCCCCUUUGUUUUAAACACAAACCCAAUUCUCAAUUCGAACAAUAAACCCCGAAAUGAACAAAACGAAGCCAAUCUCAAAGAAUAUGAGGUUUUAAAGAGGUUAAGAAGUGAAUCCAGCAUUGUACUGGCCGUAGAUUACUUCAAGUCAAUUGCCAAUUCACAAGCUUUCCAGCACACCCCAUUGACAUACCAAACUAUGAUCGAAAAGCUUGGUAUUGAAGGUGAUGUAGACGGUGUGCAGUACCUUCUACAGCAAAUGAAAUUAGAAGGUAUUUGCUGUAGUGAGGAUUUGUUUAUCUCUGUGAUAAAUACUUAUCGGCGAGUGGGUCUAGCGGAGCAAGCUUUGAAAACCUUCUAUAGAAUUGGGGAAUUAGGGUGCAAACCGACUGUUAAGAUAUACAAUCAUCUUUUGGAUGCAUUGCUAAGUGAAAAUAGGUUUCAAAUGAUUAAUCCUAUAUAUAGCAAUAUGAAGAGAGAUGGGAUGGAACCAAAUGUUUAUACCUAUAACAUUCUUUUGAAGGCAUUGUGCAAGAAUAAUAGGAUUGAUGGAGCAUGCAAGUUGCUUGUGGAAAUGUCGAACAAAGGAUGUAAUCCAGAUGUUGUUAGCUAUACAACUGUGAUAUCCUCUAUGUGUAAGCUUGGUAAGGUGGAGGAAGCAAGGAAGCUUGCGAUGAGAUUUCAACCUAGUGUGCCUAUUUACAAUGCUUUGAUACAAGGAUUUUGCAAAGAAUACAGAAUAAAGGAGGCAUUUCAGCUGUUAGGUCAAAUGGUGGAUAAAGGAAUUGAACCUAAUGUCAUUACAUACUCAACGGUAAUAAAUUUUCUUGCUCAUGUGGGAAAUGUUGAAUCGGCUCUUGCAGUUUGGGCAAAGAUGUUUGUGAGGGGUUGUAGCCCUAAUAUUCACACCUUUACUUCUUUGAUAAAGGGCUAUUUUCUAGGCGGGAGAGUGUAUGAAGCACUUGAUAUAUGGAACCGAAUGAUUCAAGAAGGAUUUGAACCUAAUAUUGUCGCAUAUAACACUCUAAUACAUGGUCUUUGCUCCCACGGGAAAACGAGAGAAGCUUUUUCUGUUUCCUUGAAAAUGGAGGGAAAUGGCUGCUCUCCAAAUGUGACCACUUAUAGUGCUCUCAUUGAUGGAUUUGCUGAAGCUGAUGACUUUGUUGGUGCAUCUGAAACAUGGAACAGGAUGAUGACUAAUGGUUGCAUUCCGAAUGUUGUUGUGUAUACUUGCAUGGUAGAUGUCCUUUGCAGGAAUUCUAUGUUCAAUCAAGCUCAAUGUCUUAUAGAGAAAAUGGUGAAUGAUAAUUGUCCUCCAAAUACAAUUACAUUCAAUAUAUUUAUCAAAGGUUUAUGUUGCCAUGGGAGUGUAGAAUGGGCUAAAAAAAUGUUAAAUCAGAUGGGAAAAUAUGGGUGUUCCCCUAAUGUCACAACAUAUAAUGAAUUAUUGAAUGGUCUUUUCAAAGAAAACAGAACAAAAGAAGCCCUUGGACUUAUUCGGGAGAUAGAAGAGAACGGUAUUGAGCCGAAUUUGGUGACUUUCAAUACCAUUUUAAGUGGAUUUUGCCAUGCUGAAAUGUUUGAAGAGGCUUUGAAGCUUCUUGGGAAAAUGCUAAUAGUAGGUUUGAAGCCUGAUGCUAUCACAUACAACACGCUAAUUUAUGCCUACUGUAAGCAAGGCAAGGCUAAGACUGCAAUCAAGCUUGUAGAUAGAUUAAGUGCCAGAGGAGAGUGGUACCCAGACAUAAUUGCAUGCACCAGUCUUUUAUGGGGAAUCUGUAAUCAGAUUGGGGUAGAUGAAGCCAUCAGGUAUUUUGGUAAGAUGCUAGAUGAGGGGAUCUGUCCCAAUGUGGCAACUUGGAAUGUGUUAGUCAGGGGCUUGUUUAACAGCUUAGGUCAUCUAGGGCCAAUUUACAUUCUGGAUGAUAUUGUGGCUCAUGGUUGAUAGCAAAGAUGUAUGGAAGUUCAACAGACAUAUAUGAUUUCUAAACAUCAAUGAGAUGCACAGUAUUCAGCAUUGGUUGAAUGGUCAUGAGUUAUCUUAUUGGAUUUUAUUAAAUUCAAUCAAUGGUGCUCAAACUGCAGGACACCAAGGAUGAGUGCAUGCUGUUUUUUCUGUCAUCAUCAUCAGGAUUCUACAUAACGUCCAUUAGCUGCAUUCACAGCAAGGUCAAUCAGGACUCUGCUUUCACAACUUUAGAAUCAAGUCUCCUUGUGGUCUGGUUAGAGUUGAUUUUUCAAAUCAACUGAAGGCUGCAAUAAGGCUGUGAGAUCCAGAGGAAUACGGGUCAAAAGGAGGAGACAGUUCCCUUCCAAGUGCGAAGUCCAUAAGUUUUGCAAAUGAUUCUGCCCUAAGAUCCAACAAUGGCCUUGGAAAUCCCUUAACUGUCUUCUUAAUUGCCCUGCAUCCAGUAAAACCGAGACAAAGCUAGCAGGUACAUUUCAAUUUCUUUUAACAUUGCAUAUGAAAACUCUUGAAACAAGAAUAUAUUAUUACCUCAAGUGUCCUACUGCUUGCCAUCCAAAUUGCUCCAUAAUAUCUCUAGUGAAAGGGUCAACAUCAGCCUUUUUAGCACCCAUGGGUCUUGGACCUCCAGCAGCUAAAGAUGGUUCAUACCUAUCCAAGCCCUGACCUGUUGAGCUAUGCAGAAAGAACUCAGCUGUAAGAUACUCCAAGUUUAGAGAAAAUUCAAGAAGAUCGAUAUCGGAUUCUGGGAUCGAGCAGGAUACAUCUGAAUCUUGAUAAUCUAUAAUAAAUGGGUUAAAAGAAGAGAUUGGAGUGAGGAGAAGAAGGAUUAGAAAAGCGGAAAUGGUGAUACAAGUUGUAGGAGCCAUAGUUAAGUUGUAGUGUUAAUCGAUGGCUUUCUUUGCCAGUAGUGAUGAAAGAUCAUGCAAGAUGGUGGUGUAUAUAUAGUAGCAGUAAGUGGUGAUAGAUGCCUCAAAAUCUGAACUUGACACGUGGAGAUUAAUUAGAAGUGUUACAUAUUCAAUAGAGAGCAAGGUCAGGCAGGGACAUGGCCAAUAAGCACUAAUCUGUAGGCUACUGUUAUGAGGUUAUUUUUGGAUAUUACAAGAAGCUAAUUUUUCAUUUGUUCUAUUAAUUAGGAUUCGUUGAGAGUUUCAA